AGGCAAGGCUCUGCCCAACGGCGGAGUAAAGAGGUUGGGUGUAGAGUGGAGCCGCCGCACCCGGGUGGUGGGCGCUCAGGUCCCAGCCCAGGGCCCGGGAGGUGCUGUCGUAGCACACAGGUGAAACUAUGUAGCCUCUUAAGAAGCUCACUGGGACCCCUCUGAAGUCCAUAUGGCUCUGUAUGAUGAAGACCUCCUGAAAAACCCUUUCUACCUGGCCCUCCAGAAGUGGCGCCCCGACUUGUGCAGCAAGGUGGCCCAGAUCCAUGGCACCGUCUUAGUGCCCUGCCGAGGAAGCCUGCCGAGCAGUGUACAGGCCUGCUUCCAGUUUGAGUCCUACGUCUUGGUACCCACGGAAGGACGCUUUCAGACGCUGGAUGGAAAGGAUGUCCUCAUUGAAGGAAACAGGAUUAAGCUAGGGGCUGGUUUCGCUUGCCUUCUCUCUGUGCCCAUCCUCUUCGAGGAGACUUUCUACAACGAAAAUGAAGAGAGUUUCAGCGUUCUCUGCAUCGCGCAUCCUCUGGAGAAGAGAGAGACUUCAGAAGAACCUUCAGCACCUUCUUCAGAUCCCUUUUCCCUGAAAACCAUUGAAGAUGUGAGAGAAUUUUUGGGAAGACACUCGGAGAGAUUUGACAAGAACAUCGCGUCUUUCCACCGGACGUUCCGGGAAUGUGAACGAAAGAGCCUCCGCCAGCACAUAGACUCCGUCAAUGCCCUCUACACCAAAUGCCUCCAGCAGCUCCUCCGGGACUCUCACUUGAAGGUUCUUGCCAAGCAGGAGGCCCAGAUGAACCUGAUGAAGCAGGCGGUGGAGAUGUAUGUCCAUCAUGACAUUUACGACCUCAUCUUUAAGUACGUGGGGACCAUGGAGGCGAGCGAGGAUGCUGCCUUUAACAAGAUCACCAGAAGCCUUCAAGAUCUCCAGCAGAAGGACAUUGGCGUGAAACCUGAGUUCAGCUUCAACAUCCCUCGCGCGAAGAGAGAGCUGGGGCAGCUGAACAAGUGCACAUCCCCGCAGCAGAAGCUGCUGUGUCUGCGGAAGGUGAUGCAGCUCACCACGCAGUCCCCCAGCCCGAGAGUGAAUUUGGAGACGGUGUGUGCUGAUGAUCUUCUCUCUGUGCUGCUAUAUCUGCUGGUGAAGACAGAGAUCCCUAACUGGAUGGCAAAUUUGAGUUACAUCAAAAACUUUAGGUUUAGCAGCUCGGCCAAAGAUGAGCUGGGAUACUGCCUGACCUCAGUUGAGGCUGCGAUCGAGUACAUCCGGCAAGGAAGUCUCUCUGCGAAGCCGCCUGACGCCGAGGGAUGUGGCGACAGACUGUUUCUCAAGCAGAGGAUGAACUUACUGUCUCAGAUGACGUCAACGCCCAUCGACUGCCUGUUUAAGCACAUUGCAUCCGGUAACCAGCAAGAAGUGGAAAGGCUGCUGAGCCAGGACGACCAGGACAAAGAUGCCUUGCAGAAGAUGUGCCACCCACUCUGCUCCUGCGAGGACUGUGAGAAGCUCGUCUCUGGGAGGCUGAACGACCCAUCAAUUGUCACGCCUUUCUCCAGAGAUGACAGGGGUCAGACACCGCUCCAUGUCGCUGCCCUCUGUGGUCAGGCGAGCCUCAUUGACUUCCUGGUCUCCAGAGGUGCCGUAGUGAACGCCACGGACUAUCACGGGUCCACUCCCCUCCAUCUGGCGUGUCAGAAAGGUUUCCAGAGUGUGACGCUGCUGCUGCUGCACUACAAGGCCAGCACCGAGGUGCAGGACAACAAUGGCAACACCCCGCUGCACCUGGCCUGCACCUAUGGGCACGAGGAUUGUGUGAAGGCCCUGGUCUACUAUGAUGUCCAGGCCUGCAGACUGGACAUUGGGAACGAGAAAGGAGACACAGCCCUGCACAUCGCUGCACGCUGGGGUUACGAGGGCGUCAUAGAGACGCUGCUGCAGAAUGGAGCCCCCACAACCAUCCAGAACAGGCUGAAAGAAACGCCGCUCAAGUGUGCGCUGAACUCCAAGAUUCUGUCCAUCAUGGAAGCUCAUCACCCGUCCCCUGAAAGGAGCCCGAGGCCUUCUGAGGUUCCCGCACGGUCCCCUGCACGCUCUGUGGAUUCCGUCAGCCAGGGCUCCUCCACCUCCAGCUUUUCUUCCAUUUCUAUCUCGGCAAGCUUCAGGCAAGAAGAGGUCAGAAAGGACGACCGGGAGGUAGAAAAGCUUCUGAGAGCAGUUGCUGAUGGAGAUCUAGAGAUGGUGCGCUACCUUUUGGAGUGGACGGAGGACGACCUAGAUGAUAUGGACGAGGCCGUCAGCACGGUGGAUCAUGAGUUCUGCCACCCCUUGUGCCAAUGCCCCAAGUGUGCUCCAGCCCAGAAGAAACUGGCAAGGGUUCCUGCCAGCGGGCUUGGUGUAAAUGUGACCAACCAGGAUGGCUUUUCCCCCCUGCAUAUGGCUGCCUUGCAUGGCCGGACAGAGCUCGUGCCCCUCCUGCUGAAGCACGGUGCCUACUCGGGGGCCAGAAACUCCAGCCGAGCCGUCCCACUCCACCUGGCCUGCCAGCAGGGGCACUUUCAGGUGGUGAAAUGUCUCCUAGAUUCCAAUGCAAAACCUAAUAAAAAGGACCUAGGUGGGAACACGCCCCUCAUUUAUGCCUGCUCCGGAGGCCACCAUGAAGUCGCUGCACUGUUGCUACAGCAUGGGGCCUCCAUCAAUGCUUCCAACAACAAAGGCAACACAGCCCUGCACGAGGCCGUGACGGGAAGGCACGCCUUGGUGGUGGAGCUGCUGCUGUUUCACGGAGCGUCUGUUGACAUCCUGAACAAGAGGCAGUACACGGCUGUGGACUACGCGGACCAGGAUUCAAAAAUAAUGGAGUUGCUGCAGGUAGUGCCACGAUGUGUGGCAUCCUUGAACAAUGUCGAGGAGACAGACGACAAGGAUUAUGUGACUGUUACGAUCAGGGAAAAAUGGAACCCCAAAAUGUACAACCUACCAGACGAACCUUUUAGGAGACAGUUCUGCCUCGUUAACCCAGGGGGCCGGUUCCAGGAAAGGACUUCAAGGGAGACUCUGGGAAGGGAUAGAAGUGUGCCUGAUCUUACCGCAGGGUCUCUGCAGGAGCUAGAGAAGCAGAGAGUCAUGGGAAAGCGGAAUGAUCUGUCGGAGCAGAGCAGGUCUCAGAUCCCGGAGGAGGGCAACCAGGGGCUCCCGGAGAGGCAGGCUGCCCCUGGACACAGGCGGAUGGUCCGCAGGCACACAGACAACGACGUGGCCAUCCCCCUGGUGCCAGAGAUGACUGGCCACCUGACCACCCAAGAGGCUAGUGUUUCUCAGUCUUAGCAGGAAGGGACUGGUAAAUGCGCUCCUGAGACAUGAACCUGUGGUAAGAUGGUGAGCGUGAAUACUGUGUAGAACUGAGAAUACUUCUGAAUAACCAGCUGGAGAUGGUCCCCUGGGUUUACGACGCUCUCUCCUCUUCAAAGCUAACAAGCUUGAAAAGGAGUGGGAGGGAACCAACAAGCCCCUUCAUCUUAGUACUUGGGUUUCCUGGUCUCGGGCAGAGGCUUCGCCAUCAGUUCUGCCCUCUGUUGGCUGGAAGGCACUGAAUGUCUGUGGUGUGGCAAGUAGGUCCAGAAGUCAGAGAAGCAGUGUCAGUCCUGAGGAACUGUGGCUGCCAGGCUGAGAAGCUCCCUGUCAGGAUCAAGAAACAGAACCUGGAAACACUUGCACUGGAAACUGUCUGAAUGCCAUUUUGAUGUCCGUCCCAGUGAAAAGGACCUACCAUUCUGCCUUGUUCUACACCGUGUGUACGGGAAAAGCUGGCCAUCGCUUUUCCAACGACAGACGCUUGGGUCACUGUGGCACCUCCAGCAGCUUCUGCUCACCCUCGUUUGAGAGCCUCCCCGACACAGCACGCUGGAUGGAUGGUUUACCAGAGAGAGCGGCUUUGGCACAUCUUAAGUCUUUCAAUUCAAAUUCAAAACUUAGAGCACAAACCGGGUCAGAGUUUAAUUUGGAAUUUGUUGCCAUUGAUUCCUUUUUAUAACUCUCUAUAGAUUCUAUUAUUUUUUUAUGUUCCUGAUCCUAAAGUUGCAAAUGUGGGUUCGCUCUGAGUCCAUUUUCAAAGGACUCUGUAAAGGGGAAUGGUUUUGUGCACAUUCUUGGAAAUACUUGUGAAUGUAUAGAAGGGUGGGGCUGAUUAUUUUUCUACAAAAGUAAUUUAUGAUUUCUAAUUUUCUAAUGUGCCUUGGAUAUGUGCCAAAUGAUGGGAAAGAAGACAGUAAACUUUAUGACUCUUGA